UUCCGCCUCGCGAGCGGCCAUCUUGGAGAUUGAGGCGGCGGCGGCCCUGCGACGGGUUCGGUGGGCCCAGUCCCGGCGCGGUGUGGCUGUUUCGGGCGCGGGCCCCGCUUUUCCGCACCCUGCUCCGGCCUCGACCACGGCGAGCCUGAGCGCGGCGGCGGCCCACGCGCAGCGACAGGGAGAGGUGAGCGCGCUCGCAGGCCUGCGCCGGGUCCUCGGGCCCGCUCGUUCGCCCCGCCGGAGCCGGCCACAGCGGCGGCCCGGGGCUGCGGGGGACCCUGCGCGACGCCUCUCCGUUCGCGCCCGCCGCCCGCGGGGCCCUGGCCCGAGCCUGCGCGGAACCCGAGGUCGGUUACGGCGGGUUCCCGGAGCUCCGGGUCAGGGUCAGGUCGGGGACUUGACCACUAGGCCGGGUCUCCCGUCAGUUGGGACACUUGCGGCUGCCCCAGGACGGGCAGCCUCGAUCCUGGUUUGUCAAUGGAUCCCGGGAGUCUGUGUCGGGGGAGGGCUGCCGUUGAGCCCGCCGCCGCCUCGCCCUGAACUGUUAGACCCCACACUGCCCCGCAAACCCCGAGAGAGACGAGCGUGCCCGGGACGGUGCUCAGGGCCAGCGUUUCUGGGAAACCCGGGCGGUGACAGUGGGAGACCGGAGUCUGGCUCCACCGCCGGCCGGCGGGAGUAAGACACGAGCCCGGAACAAGUCCCUGAGCUGCACCGGGCCUCGCCGUCCACACCUGCCAGUUCCCCGCAUCCUCUCAGCCCCUGGCCAGGUGUCACCUCCUGGCCUCCUUUUCAAUGCGUGCCACUUAGUGCGUGUGUAUUUAACUCAAGUCCGGUUGCCACCCUCUUGCCAGACCCAGAUAGGAAGCGGCUGAAAGGUCGGGCCUCGGCCCGGUGGGAGGGCAGCGAGGAGUGUACAGCAGGCUUGGCUGGGGCAGGUCGGUGGCCCCGCGUCCUGCCCCAGGGGAAACAGACGGUGUAAUCUGGCGUCCGAAGAAGAAGACAGCUGCUCCUCUGCCCAGCGAGUGCCUCGGAGUCUCCAGAGUCUUCGUCACUCCAGCCGCAGAGGCUCCCCCAUUCUGCGGCUCCUUUUGCUUGUGGCCAGUGAUGAGCAGCACCAGCAAUAAGAGGGCUCCAACCACAGCAACCCAGAGGCUGAAGCAGGACUACCUUCGCAUUAAGAAAGACCCGGUGCCUUACAUCUGUGCCGAGCCCCUCCCUUCGAAUAUUCUCGAGUGGCACUAUGUCGUCCGAGGCCCAGAGAUGACCCCUUACGAAGGUGGCUAUUAUCAUGGAAAACUCAUUUUUCCCAGAGAAUUUCCUUUCAAACCUCCUAGUAUUUAUAUGAUAACUCCCAAUGGAAGAUUUAAGUGCAACACCAGGCUGUGUCUUUCCAUCACGGAUUUCCACCCGGACACGUGGAACCCAGCCUGGUCUGUCUCCACCAUCCUGACCGGGCUCCUGAGCUUCAUGGUGGAGAGGGGCCCCACCCUGGGCAGUGUGGAGACCUCGGACUUCACCAAAAGACAACUGGCAGCGCAGAGUUUAGCGUUUAAUUUGAAAGAUAAAGUCUUUUGUGAAUUAUUUCCUGAAGUUGUGGAGGAAAUUAAACAAAAACAGAAAGCACAAGACGAACUCAGUAGCAAACCCCAGACUCUUCCCUUGCCAGACGUGGUUCCAGACGGGGAGACGCACCUGGUCCAGAAUGGGAUUCAGCUUCUCAACGGGCAUGCGCCGGGGGCCGUCCCCAACCUGGCAGGGCUCCAGCAGGCCAACCGGCACCACGGACUCCUGGGCGGCGCCCUGGCGAACUUGUUUGUUAUCGUGGGGUUUGCGGCCUUUGCUUACACGGUCAAGUACGUGCUGAGGAGCAUCGCGCAGGAGUGAGGCCCGGGCGCCGAGACCCAAGGCGCCACUGCGGGCACCGCGCGCCAGAGUGACCUGGGCAGGCUGGACACGGCCCAGCACAGGCGGACCCACCGGGCUCCUGGGUUUAGCGUUUAAAAGCCUGAAAGGGGAAGGGGAAGCAGCAACCAAAAUGUGUGACUGGGCUGUGGAGGAGGCUGGAGACAGCCCUGCCCCGGCCUCCGCCGCUGGGGCUGGCGCGGAUGGGCCGCUGGUGUGCUGGAUUUGUAGCUUCUCUUCCGUGUUGUCUUCGGACCUGUUUUAGUAAACCCGUUUUUCAUUCUAUUAGCUGUGGUCACUUAGAAAUACAGACUCGCUGCUGACCGCGGGCUGCGCGUGCGUUCUUGGAGCUCCCGGCGCCGGCGGGUGGGAGCCGCGGGCCGGGGUGGAGCUGGCGUCCGCCGUGCUGGUCUGGCCUGGCCACGUGGUGACGAGGCUUAGCGGGGCCAGCGGCAGCCGUGGCUCGGGAUCCAGGGAGGUGGGCUUUGGUCUCAGCGUUUACAAACGUGUUUCCAGUCGGGAUGAAACGCAUUCCUUCUAGAAAGUGCGCGGGGCCUUCGGCUGUCGUGGGAGCCAGGAGCCCGCGCGCUCCGACCACAAGGUGUCGCCCUGGACUGCGGGGCCGCGGGGCGGGGCGGGGCCGCGGGGCGGGGCCUCCUGGGCGCCCUCGGGGCUGCAGGCGCGGGGGGCCUCGGGUGCCUGCAGAGCCUCUCCCCUGAAUUCCUGAAGUGCGGUGGCCCAGAAGCCCGUCCUCCGGUGCUGGUGGAAGGCGGAGGACCGGAGUCCCUGCGGGAGGCCCCCACGGCCGGCAGGCUGGCCCCGUGCACUCGGGGGCCUCCCUCACAUCCCAUCCCGCGCCCCCUGCGCCCGCCUUCACAGUAGGUAACGGCUCCGGCCCGGGUGUUCGCUCUCCACGGAAGAUGGCAGAGGGGGACCCCGGCCCGGGAACGACGCCUGAGCCGGCAGGGGCUCCCCGGGUCCGGCCGUCUCCCCUCUUCUCCGUCUGUUCCGUGACUUCGCCAGGGUGGGAUGUGCCGCAGGUGCAUCGCGUUGAGGUGGGUCACGGCCGCCGGCAAGAACCCACCGUGUCCAGAGGCGGGCGGGAGACAAGCGCAGCCCAGCCUGCGUGCGCUCAUCUUUCUUUGUUUUUUCAUCAGUUUAUUCAGAAUUGCUCUAUAAUUUACCAAUUGUAUGUAUUUAACCUAUUGUGGAAAACAAAAAGUCUUUCAUUAUAUCUUUAUUUCUGAAUUU